GAUGCUAAAAAGACUUCAACGUAUUUGAGACACGUGAUAGCAGAUGUGCCAACUCGUUGGAACUCUAGCUACUUGGCAUGGUGUCGUCUCUUGGAACUGGAAAAGUAUAUUCUUUUGUUAGAGAUCGAAUUAGCCAAAGAUACAAAUCCUGAUUCUAAUAAAGAUGCAAAGUAUUUGACCAAAAUAAUGUUAACAAAAGAUGAAUGGGAAUUGCUCCGUAAUUUGAUUCCGAUUUUGGGUCCUUUUGAAGAGGCGACUAAAUAUCUUGGUGGUAGCAAAUAUGUUACUUAUAGCACGAUGAAUCCUAUAAUGAUACACAUCAUUAACAUGCUCAAACCCGUAUUAAUAUCACCAGAGGAAAUAAAUGUUGAAAGCAUCAAGGAUAUUUUUGUAGAGCUUGAAAUUUAUGAUGAUGAUAGUGAUACAUCUAAAAAGAUAGAUUUGAAUAGGCCUACACAAACACUUGGAGUUCUGGAAAAAGUCAAAGAGACUUUGUAUCGUGCCAUGCGUUUUUACUGGAAAAAGGAUAAUAUCGAAUCCUAUUUACCUUCUAUUCUAGACCCUCGUGUUAAAAAGUUUGAUUUUGCACCUGACAAGAUCAAACAGGUUCAGGAUCUGUUAAGAACCAGAUAUCAAAAUGCAAGAGAUAAUACAACAACCUCAACACCUACUGUUAACAUUUUGUCAUUUCACAACACUACUGUUUCUCCGUUUUACAAGCCAACGCUUUUGAAUAUCUUUAACAACACAUCACCUCUUAAUUCACAGAGCGAGCUAGAAGAAUAUCUUGCGGUUCCACAGAUACCUUUUGGUUCGGACCCCUUCACCUGGUGGAAGAUUAAUAAGGAAAGAUUUCCAGUCAUCAGCAGGUUAGCGCGUAUUUACCUUUCUGUUUCUGCUACAUCCACCCCUUCUGAAAG